AUGACCAAUAUGAACGGUGCUGAUUUUGAGGGUGUGCCUCCCGGCGAUCAGGGCGUGCCCCAGCCCAUCGCCAUCAUUGGGUAUGCCUGUCGGCUGCCGGGGCAAGUUACAACUCCCAGUGACCUAUGGGAGCUAUGUACCCGAGCUCGAAGUGGCUGGUCACCCAUCCCCAAAGAGCGUUUCUCCGUCGAAGCAUUCCACCACCCUAACCCGUCCAAGGUUGGUUCCUUCAAUCCAAAGGGAGGCUACUUCCUGGACGAGGACAUCGCCCGCUUCGAUGCUCCCUUCUUCAAUUUGUCCGUUCAGGAAGCUUCGUCCAUGGACCCCCAACAGCGCUUGCUCCUAGAGUGCUCGUAUGAAGCUUUGGAGAGUGCUGGAAUCCCUAAGGAGAGACUUGUGCACCGGGACGUGGGCGUCUUCGUCGGUGGCAAUUUCUCUGAUUAUGAGCUCAAUAACGUUCGCGACAUCGAGACUAUCCCCAUGUACCAAGCAACCGGCUGUGCGCCCUCACUCCAAUCCAACCGCAUCUCAUACUUCUUCGAUCUACAGGGGCCCAGUAUAACAGUGGACACGGCUUGCUCUUCUUCGCUUGUUGCGCUUCACUAUGGAGUACAGAGCUUGCGAAGCGGGGAGUCCAAGGAAGCUCUUAUUGCUGGUUGUCACCUCAACAUCGUACCGGACUUUUUUGUUUCUAUGUCUAUGUCACAAUUGUUUAACGACGAGGGUAAAACCUUCUCUUUCGAUGAUAGAGCCACAUCCGGUUUCGCGCGAGGCGAAGGCUCUGGUGUCGUGAUACUGAAGCCCCUGGACGCCGCACUGCGUGACAAGGAUCCAAUCCGAGCUAUCAUUGCCAAUUCAGGAGUCAACCAAGAUGGGCGAACGAAGGGAAUCACAAUGCCAAAUGGACAGGCCCAGGAGCAGCUUAUCCGGCGUGUCUACAGAGAGGCCAACCUCAGCCCGGAAGAGUGCGGGUUUGUAGAAAUGCACGGCACUGGAACAAAGGCUGGUGAUCCCAUCGAAGCUGCAGCAGUUCAUGCGGCACUUGGAGAGAAUCGGACUCCAAGAAACCCGCUUUAUAUUGGAUCAGUCAAAUCUAAUAUUGGACACCUAGAGGGCGCCAGUGGUAUCAUUUCUAUCAUUAAAGCAGCCAUGAUGCUUGAUAGAGGGUUCAUGCUUCCUAACGCUGAGUUCAAAAAUCCAAACCCUAAUAUUCCGAUGAGAGAGUGGAAUAUGAGGGUUUUAACGACGACGCGGCCCUGGCCUUCUCGUAAGAAGUACCUGAGCGUUUCAAAUUACGGGUUUGGAGGAACCAAUGCACAUGUUGUCCUCGAAAAGGCGCCUCUAGCAUCCAAGGCCCCGGUUGAGGCUGUUGAGGAUGUUGACGUGGACCCCAAACGCAAGCUGUUCCUGAUCUCCGCCAACGACAAGGAGUCUAUACGCACCAGGAUCAAAGACUUUGGCAUCUACUUCGAACAACAUCCAGAAGUUUUUGAAAAGGCUCUCUUCGGCAACUUCGCUUAUACUCUCGGCAACAAAAUGUCCCAACUCUCCUACCGUGUUGCAGUUUCAGCCACCUCGCUGGACGACCUUGGUAUUCGUCUUGCUCAACUGAAGAUCAACCCAUCCCGGGUUCUUGGCGCCCCGAUAGCCUCGUUUGUCUUCACUGGACAAGGAUCGCAGUGGGCACAUAUGGGUGUUUCCCUCAUGCAUGAAUACCCAGUCUACGAGUCAGCCAUCAAACGAGCCGAUCAAUGCCUACGAGAUCUCGGCGCUGAGUUCUCCCUCAUCGAAGAGUUGGAGAAGGAUGCCACAACCUCCGAAAUCAACUCCCCUCAUCUCAGCCAGCCGGCCUGCACAUCGCUUCAGAUUGCACUGGUUAAUCUUCUUGGAUCUUGGGGUAUCCGUCCUGCUUCAGUGAUUGGCCACAGCUCUGGGGAGAUCAGUGCAGCCUAUGCUGCGGGAAUCUAUGACUUGGAGGGGGCCAUGGCCCUGGCUUACCGUCGCGGGCAAAUGACCUGCUUGCUCAAGUCCUCAUUCCCGUCCUUGAAGGGCGCCAUGAUUGCCGUCGGCGCUAGUCGCGAGGCUGUUGAGCCCAUGCUGAACACCCUCUCUGGAUACUCCACCGUCGCUUGUGUGAACAGUCCUUCCAGCGUGACCGUGUCAGGAGACGUGUCCGCAAUUGAUGAACUCGAAAAGGUUCUCCAAGACAAGCAGCUCUUCAACCGGAAAUUGAAGAUUGAUGUCGCCUACCAUUCCGACCACAUGAAGAACGUUGCCGAGGAAUACCUGGCUGCGAUUGAGUCUAUUCAGCCCUUCCCAUCGGCAACGGCUUUAUUCUACUCUUCUGUAUAUGGUCGCCUAGCAGAACCUUCUGAGCUUGGCCCAGAAUACUGGGUUGCGAACCUGACCUCGCCGGUGUUGUUCCCCGACGCUCUUGGCAAGAUUGUGUCGGACGAUGAAAGACGACCUAACCUUUUUGUUGAGAUUGGUCCACACUCUGCGAUGAAAGGCCCCAUCAUGGAUACUCUAAAGAGCCUGGGUCCCACUGUCUCCAAGGUUGGAUAUAUUCCUACCCUUCUCCGCAAUGGGGAUGCAACCCAAUCGGUCUUGGAUACCGCUGCUGCUGCCUACGUGCGAGGCGUCACACUCAGCAUGAUAGAUGUGAAUUUCCCCAAGACCGGUGCGGCAAAACGCUGGUUCUUGAAUAACUUGCCUCGGUACCCUUGGCAACAUGGAAAUCGAUACUGGCACGAUGCCCGUAUCUCGCAGAAGCAUAUGGUCAGAGAUCGUGCCAGGAACGAUGUCUUGGGGGUGAUGGCAAAUUACUCGAACGAUCUGGAGCCAACGUGGCGGAACAUCGUCCGCCUGGAUGAGGUUCCCUAUCUACGGGAUCACAAGAUGCAGGGACUGGCCGUUUACCCCCUGGCAGGCUAUUUGGUGAUGGCCAUUGAAGCCGCUCGACGACGUGCAGAGCACGUUGAUAUCCAAAUCGCUCAAUUUGAUCUGCGGGAGGUCAUCGUUGGUGCAGCACUUGUGCUCACCGAUGACACGGAUGCAGAAACCACUAUCACUCUUCGUCCCCACGCUGAAGGUACUCGUGGGACAUCCGGUCUUUGGGAUGAGUUCCGCGUCUGCUCAUGGAGUACUAAGCGAGGAUGGACAGAGCACUGUACUGGUCAAAUUCGGGUUCGCUCCGAUCCGAAACAGCAGGCGGCUGGAAUCUCGAGCCCCUUCGAAACUCAAGCCACCUACACGAAAGCUCAAAUCGCCCAAGUCCAGGAUUCGGCUACAAACCACGUCGAUAUCUCUCACAUGUAUCAGUUUCUCGGUGAUCUAGGUGCUAGAUAUGGCCCUACCUUCCAGAGUAUCGAGAACUGCUAUGCCAGCCCUCGCCACUCGGUUGCUGAUCUACAUGUGAGAAAUACCCGCAGUGUCAUGCCGAAGGGAUUCGAGCCUCCCCUGACCGUUCACCCAUCAUUCCUCGAUGGACUGCUGCAUCUUGUUUGGCCUAUUCUUGGCCAGGGUCUGGGUCGAAUGGAUCUGGACACACUUUACAUGCCGACAAUGAUCAAACGUGUGACAAUCGGUCUCAACAGCCCAACCACCGCUGGUGAAUAUGUCAAGGCCUACUGCAAUGGGAGUCCCAGCUUGCCUUCCCCUGUGCCGACCAAAUUUGACCUUUUCGCCAUUCAAGAGGGCUCUGCAGAGCCCUUGAUCUCAAUGGAGGGUCUGAUCCUGACUCCCCUUAGAGAUCCAGGCACUCACCGUGAAGCCACUCGUAAGCUGUGCUACAAGAUUGAUUGGCACCCCUUGGCCGAGAUCGAGAACACUGUUGAAGAUGUCCAAGAGCCCACUGACCCUGAGGAACCCAAUUGCCAUGCUUACACCGAUGGAGACGCAGUCACAAAUGAAAGCGCAGAGGCGAAUGGCCAUGCGCAAGCAAAUGGGGAUGCUGUCAAGCCCAAGCAUGAUCUUUUUAUUUCCCACUUCGGCAAGUCCGAUGGUGUCGCUGAUAAGUUGAGUAUUGCACUUUCUCUGGAGUAUGGAUAUGAGAGUUCAGUUCACACUUUCGGUGAAGUCGAUUAUUCUCAAACGCAUCUCGUCCUGCUUCAAACUGGAGCUAACUCUCUCCGACACCUCACCGAGGAUGCAUUUGAGAACCUCAAGAAGGCGCUGCUCAAUGCUCGAGCUGUGCUCUGGGUCUACCAACUUGAUUCCCCCGAUGCUCAAAUGACAGUCGGUUUGACUCGCACGUUGCGCUCGGAGACCUUGGCCAAGAUCGCUACUCUCGGGUUGGCGCCUGAGGACAUCGAAAAUCCCGAGAAGCCAAUUAAAGCAGCCAUUGAUGCUCUAUGGCCCACGGAUGGGGCCCAGCCCUCCAAGGACUUCGAAUUUAAGGCCAAUGGCUCGGAGCUCUUCGUCCAACGUAUCGUGGAUGAUGUUGCUGCCAAUAGCUUCGUCCACAAUGAGACCCAUGACAUGAUAAUCUCGAGUCAGCCAUUCAGCCAGCCUGGGCGACGUUUCAAGGUCCAGAUCGGCAACCCAGGUGCUCUCGACUCCCUCUACUUUGUCGACGACAAUUGCCCACCACUGGGCGAGAACGAGAUUGAGCUUGAGGUUAAGGCAAGCGGUCUCAACUUCAAAGACAUUGUGGUCUCCAUGGGCCAGCUUGCACAGCCUUACAUCGGAAUUGAAUGUAGUGGUAUUGUUUCCAGUGUGGGAUCCAACGUGAAGGACGUCAAGGUUGGUCAAAGAGUCAUGGCCUUCCCAAAAGGCUGUUUCUCGACCUAUGCCCGAUGCCCUGCCACCAGCGCUGCGGAAAUCCCGGCCGACAUGUCAUUUGAGGUCGCAGCCACAGUGCCAGUCGUCUUCUGCACUGUAUACUACACUCUAUUUGACCUGGGCCAGCUGCAAGCCGGCGAACGGGUCCUAAUUCACGCCGGUGCCGGUGGUGUCGGCCAAGCCGCCAUCAUGGUGGCGCAGAUGAUCGGUGCAGACAUCUUCGUUACCGUCGGAAGCCUCGAGAAAAAGGUGUUCUUGAUGACCCAGUACGGCAUUCCCGAGGACCGCAUCUUCUACAGUCGUGAUGUAUCCUUUGCUCGUGGCAUCAAAAGAGCCACCAAUCAGGCCGGCGUGGACGUUAUCGUCAACUCCCUGGCAGGCGAGCUGCUGCGCGAGACUUGGGAGUGCUUGGCGCCGUUCGGACGAUUUGUCGAGAUUGGCAAGGCCGAUAUCACGAAGAAUACACGUCUUGACAUGCAGCCUUUUGAGAACAACGUCACGUUCUCAUCGGUCGAUCUCACCAAGGUUGCGACGUUCAAGCCGAAGCUGAUGAAGCGCCUCAUGGGUGACGUUUGUCGGUUGCUUCGCGAGGGAUUGGUGCAACCCAUCCUGCCACUUUCGACUUAUCAAAUUUCUGAUAUCGAGAAGGCAUUCCGUACUCUCCAGAGUGGUAGGAGUAUGGGUAAGAUUGUGGUUGUUCCACAUGAAGGUGACCAAGUCAAGGCUGUGGCUCCUAAGACCAGUUCCACUCUUCUGCGACCUGAUGCAUCGUACAUCUUGAUUGGUGGUACUGGUGGUCUGGGCCGAAGCAUGGCCAAGUGGAUGUCAUCCAAGGGCGCAAAGAACAUCGUUCUUGUGUCGCGUCGGGCAGCGAUCAAUGACAAGGUGCAAGCCUUGAUCGAUACCUUGGCUCCCUUAGGAGUACGGAUUGUCGUCAAGGCUUGCGAUGUCAGCAGCCAGCUGUCUGUCGAGGCUCUGGUUAACCAAGAGAUGAAAGAUCUUCCUCCGGUGCGGGGUGUCAUUCACGGUGCGGUGGUGCUUCGCGACAUGCUCUUCGAAAACAUGUCUCUUGAAGACUUCACAUCCGUGGCAAGCAACAAGGUAGAAGGAGCCUGGAACCUACACAACACGCUGAUUAAUUCCCCGUUGGACUUCUUCAUUGCCCUCUCAUCGGUGGCCGGCAUCGUCGGCAACCGCGGACAGGCAGCAUACUCCGCAGCGAACGUAUUCCUGGAUGGAUUCAUGGGAUACCGCCAAUCCCUGGGUCUCCCAGGAACAUCAAUCGACCUGGCCGCGGUCAGCGACGUUGGCUACCUAGCCGACACCGACGCCCAGCGGCGCCAUGAAGUAUUGAGGAACAUAGGCAGCCAGACCAUCGACGAAUCGGAGGUCCUGGCGCUGGUGGCCGCCGCGGUGACCGGCGACCUCAACCAGUCCUGCUCUGGGCAGUGCAUCACAGGACUGAAGCUGGACUCAUUGGAGAACAACUUCUGGGUCCAGGACGCGAAGUUCAGCGUGCUGUAUGAGGCUGCCAAGCUCACGCUGGGAAGCAGCUCGCAGAGCGACGGCCCGUUGGUGCCGCUGCAGGUGGCUUUGUCGGCUGCAUCAUCCAAGGAGGAGGCUUUGCAGGUGUGCUACGGGGCGCUGGCCGCCAAGUUGGCACAGGUGCUUGUUCUCUCCUUGGAGGAUAUGGAUCCUUCGGUUACGGUGAGUUCGUUAGGUCUUGACUCGCUGGUAGCUAUUGAGAUCCGUAACUGGAUUGCCCGUGAGGCCAAUGCCAAUGUGCAGGUUCUGGGGCUGUUGUCCAGUGGCAAUUUGAUGGACUUGGCGGAGAUUAUUCUCAAUAAGUCUCAGGCCUAUACUCGUACUGAGUGA